AUGGCUAUGAGACAAAGAAGAAGCAGAAGUGGCGGCACAAGAAGCAGCGACGUUUGGACGAGUGGCAACAAUGACCUUCUAGCAAUCUGGGUGUUGGAGGAGGAGGAGGAGGAGGUGGUGGUGGUGGAGGUGUGGUGUGGUGUGGUGGAGGUGGAGAUUGUAGUUGAUUUGAGGAUGAGGUGGUGGUGGUUGUCGGUGGAAGGGUGGUUGGGUGGAAACAACUGUGGUGGUGCUGAGGCCCUCCGAAAGGAGGCUUUCUUCACCUUCCCCCUAAGCUGUGCAGAAAAGGCCCAAACUCAAUCGCAGGGAACAGUGAAGCUUCAUAGGAUCUUUUUGUCUAGGGGCAGAUAG